AUGGGGGUCGACACCCGCAGACCGAUCCUUCCCGCCCCCACAGAGUCCAUCAUCGAUACGGAGAGCGCACUGGGCACAGAUCUGGCAACUGACAUUUCUCGCCGCACAGACAAAACGUCGUAUUCUAUCCCAGACGACGGAAGCCCCGUUACUGUCUCCACCCGGGAUCGCGACGGGAAAUCAUACUCACACUCCCGCCACGACUCUCACACCUCGCUACUCAUCGAGUACUUCGAGGGCGGCAAAGGCUCCGGCGUUACGUCUCGUCCCAGUGUGCGAGUCCGUGUCACACCCUCCUCGGCGAGAAAGUCCAAGCGAGACCGAGACCACGUUCAAAUCACCGAGUCCAGUGGAAGCAGCCGCAAGCCUUCCUAUACUCACCGCAUAUCCCUCCCAUCACCGUCUUCCAAGUCCAAGCGAUUGGAAUCGGGCGCGACGGAUGAUCAGAGCCUCGAUUCGAAUUCAGCGGAGGAGGGCCACCAUUCUUCUCGUCGCCAUCCGGUAGAAAUCGAUUUUCCCGGCAGUGAAAUGUCUACUCUGUCACAUGAUACUCGUUACAUGCCUGUAUCAUCCGAUAUCUCAUCCAUGCCAGCCGACAGCAUGAUCAACGCUUCAUCGGCAGGGCCUCGGCGGAAGCGCAGCCAAAGUCUGGAGCGCGGGUCGCCUCGCGAGGACAAGGAUUUGCUGAAGACACCUCGCCGACAGAGAAGUCGCAGCCUAAGCACGGAGCGAAUUGCGCACCGUGUGGCCGAGAAGCUUACUGAACCGCCUAAGGAAUCGUCGGGCAGAAAUCGAAGCAAGUCUGGCAAAGAUUACCUCGAGGCCGAGCCCAAGUCCUCUCGUCGUCGGAAACACAAGUACGCCGAAGAUGACUAUAUCAGUCCUGAAUCUAGUCUCCUUAGUACCUCUGCGGUUUCUUCAAACCGCAAGUCUGAUCAGUACUCAAUUCGUUCCGGCGCAUCCAAAUCUUCGAUCAACAACCCUAAGCUAUUAGAGACUGUCGAGGAUGCCAUCCGGCGAUUAAUCCUCCCAGAGCUCAAAGAGCUUAAGAAGGACCAAAAGGUUAUGACCAACACAGGCAAAUUUGAGCGAGACAUGGCACGAGACAUGGCAUCUUAUUCAUCCGGUACAAGUUCCCGGGAUGAGCUUCGUCGGAGUCUGUCCAAGCACGCCAGUGCACCUGAUAUCAUAAAGCCCAAGGUUGUCCUGAACAAGGACAGCAAAGACGAAGGUAUCGUUCUUUCUGGCGGGUCCGUUCCGCAAAAUAGAGAACGCAAAUCAAGCAAAAGCAGCGAGACCUCCGAGGCAGCUGUGCGCUGGGGCAACCGACCUGACUACUCUGAACAAGACAAGAUCCGAAGACAGAGGAGCAAGGGCCUGCGCGAUGCCCAUGCUGCUGCACGAGUGGGUUCCGCUCUCACCGCCGCUUCCUUGAAGCACCAUGAUUCCAAUUCCAGUCUCGGCAAAUCGGAGCAUCGCCGCCGCAAGAGUGGCUCUCGGAAGAGUACUGAGAGUAUGAAGUACAACGAAACCGAACUUCUUUUCCAAAAGCACAACGUUGCGCCUAUGCCGAUGCGCAGCGAGAUCGACUCUGAGUUGACUAGAAACUCGUUGCUUUCUGAGCGCACAGCAAGUCCCCCUCCUCAGAAAAAGAGCUCCCAGGCGGAGCUUUCUCGUGGAUCGCCCAGACAGGCUGCGUCUCCCGCCUCUCGCACUCCUACCCGCAACUCUGUUGACUCACUCGGCAUGCGACACGCCAACAAGUCGCAGCAUAAUAUUUCCCUGCAAAGUACCUCGGACCGUGAUCUAAGGGGCAAGAGCCAAUCUCCUGGAACUGACACUGGUGACUGGGCUAUCGCUGCCGCUGCUAAUCUUCUUGACGCCGCUCACCCUGGUCAAGGCAGAUACUACGACGAAACCCACAGGCGUGGCCUGAGCCCUAUCCAAAGUGUUGCAAGCGAUAAUACCGAGACUCGCCAUGCCCAGUACCCAACCCACGAGCACCAUGUCGAAGGCACGCGCGAGAUGGAGCCUCGACUUUCAAUUGACUCCCUUUCAUCCGCCCCCAGCACCAACCUCGCCAGAUCUACCCGCCAAGGCACCACUCACAGCCACAGCCAGAGUGCGCUUUCCCAGCAGCUUAGCCAGGAUUCACCCGGGUUCGGCUACGAACAAUCGCGCCAGCCCGAAGGGGAUGACGGUUUCUAUGGCUACGAUGAGGAGAGCAGAAUGACUGUCGACGAUGAAAACAGCGAUGUUGAUUUCAUGGACAAGGUCAAGGAAGGCCAGCAUGUGGGAGCUGGUGCUGCUGCCAACCCUCAAUUCCACCACCCUAUGGGUGUUGAAUCUGCAGUCGCUUCCUUGAUGGAUCCUUCUGUCCUUGAAUCCCAAAUAGAAUCCCAGCUCUCUUCCAGUAACCGCUCGCAAACUGAUCUGGGCCAGCGAUCUGGAAGCCGCAGUCCUGAGAAGCAGGCGGGUGAAGCUUACCGUGGAAGUCCCCUUAAGCAGCGACAGGAUGCAUCUACUGCUGACGAAACCUCGUUCCCCCGACGCAUGGGUGCCACUUCGCCUCCUCAGAGCGUCACUCAGUCCUUCGACGACAUGGAUGACUCGGCUUUGAUGGGCGCCAAUGUUCCACGUGGAGUGGAUAGUCCCAUGGUCGACGCAGAAAGCCAAGAAUCUGAGUCCGAGAUCAACACCAACCCAUCGAUCAUCCAGGGCCCUGCUGGCGGUGUUGCUCAGGGAGACCGCUGGGCAUACAACUCCCGGUCUCCUCCCGUUGAUCAAUAUUAUGAUAGCGGUGCUGGACCUCAGGGUCUCAGUGAUGAGCAGCAGCGCGGGCUUGAUGCGGAAUACUAUCAGACUGCUAAGAACAUCUUUGGCGGUGACGAUUACUAUAACCACUCCGUUGACAACCAAGCUCAGCAGCUGUUCGGCACACCUCCUGGAGCCAAGGAUGAGGGUUAUGUUUCCGCUGCCAACCCCAUGUCUCCCAGCAUCGGAACGCCGAAGCAAGGUAGCCGAGGUCUCGCAGGCCCAGAUGCCGCAGGUGUUGGUGCUUUCGACGGUCCUACCCCAGAAGAUCCUUUCGGACCUGGUCACCAGCGUCACUUCAGUGGCUACUCUCACGGUGUCGGUUCGCCGCUCUACGACAGUGCUACCGGUCGGGGCAUCGAGAGGAUUCAGUCCCAGGAUAUCGUGGCUCUCAUGGACCACCUGACUGUUCGGGACGCCCAGCGAAACGCCCGAGACACCGAAAUUUUGGUUACCCUGGUUCGGAGUGCGGCAGAGAUGCGCACCUCUUUCGAGCAGAUGAAGAAGUUCAUUGCUGAGCAAGAUGAUCUCAUCAUGGACACCAGUGACAGGGCACAUGAGCGCACUCAUAAGGCGCUUGGUGGGCCCCGGCCUUUGCCUCCGAGUACGUCUCGCAACCGCCAAUUGAACACGUUCGAGGAGGACGACAAGCGGAAGAACAUCUUCAAGCGUGCUCUCAAGGGCUUAAGCUUGAAGUCAGGCAACGAUCUGUCCAAGAUUGAGGGCAUGCUCGAGCAGCUUCUUGAGGAGGUUGAAUUUCUGCGCUCUGGUCAAGACGGCGUGAGCCCACGCCAUGUCACUCGACCGGCAAGCAUGGAUUCUGGCCAUGAGCCCGGUCAAAACGGUGCCCCUAUCGAAAACAGCCGCUCUGCGUACUUGUCCAGUCCCCACCAGCGCAGAAACUCGGAUCAGCGAGUCAGCACCGUUCACGAAGUGGACGAAGAAGAUCUUGAGCUCGACGAGGGUGAUGAUUUCAUGACUGGACAUCUCCCUGUGCGUGAGCCACCUCAUCACGAGCGAGCUGGCUCCUUGCCUCUCUCCACGCCUCCUCGCAAGCCAGUGGCUACAGGUGCCCGAAGCACCGAAACAACCCCCAAGGCCGACAAGAACGACAAGGCUCGCAAGCACAAGUCCAGUAGCUCCUCCAUCUUUCCCAAGAUCUCUCGCUGGUCCAGGUCCACCGCUACCUCCAUGGGCGACAACAUCCGCAACAGCAUCCAGCCCUCCCGCAAAGAGCGUCCAACCUCAGACCUCUCCCGCUCCGGGUCCGAUCUCGCUGAGAACGCCUACAAGGGUGACUACUACGAUCCCCAAGGCGACGACAGAAUCCGCUCCACCUACACCCUAGAUGACCCCCAGCAGGAGAACCGUCCCCCCUCGCCUCUGGUGCCAUCCCAGGUCUCCGAAGCCCCCAAAUACCGAGGCCACCGCGGCAGUCUCGAGCUGCAGCACCCCCAACCUCGCCAGGGUCCCACGGGCCGCUACCAGUCCCGCCUCGAAACCGAGGCCCAAACCUACGGAGGCCCAGUCUCCCCAACAGGCUCGGACCAGUGGGAAUCAAACCCCAGCCUGUCCGCAGUAAACCCCAACCAACAGCGCUUCAGCGGUGCCAGCCGUUUAUCCCCCAUCUCCGACGCAGGCUACUCGGAGACCAGCUCCCGCGCAGACCGAACUCCCGGCCCGCCCCGUCCCCCCAAGGUCAAGGACGAGGGUCCUCUUGUCCCAGAGCGUCCUCAGAAGGUGCCAGAAGAUGAGGAGCCAGCUUACGGUGCUGACCGUGUUGUUUCAAAGAGCUCCGCAAUCCGCUCCCCUCCCACACGCAAACCAACUGGCCCGCGCCCCCUCACCUCCGGCGGCGCAUACAGCCCUGGUAAAGUCAAUCGAACUCGCUACAGAGGCAGUCCCAUGCAAGUCGACUACGAUGAUGAAUAUUGA